AGAUCCCAAAAGUCAGAAAGUCUCACCCUCUCUGCGAUUCUGCCGCACGGCAGUGAGGCAUACUCGAGUACAGGCAGUUGCCACUUGCCGGGUGCGGGAAUGCCUGGGAACGCAGGGUCCCGUGGACGGGCGGACAAACAGGUUCAAACUUCGGCACGGUGCCGAACCGAUGUGCUUCUGUCCUAUGGUCGGUUUACAUUUCCCGGGUUUUCACCUAGGGGGCACGGUACGAUGUUAUAAGGGCCGUCCUCCUCUGGCACAAGCACUGCAGGAGCACCUUGGGCGAGAUGGGGUUUUUUUUCUCCUAACCGUACACUAUAUACAAUGGGCUUCUCUUAUUGAAUUAUUACAGCACAUUUGCAAAACCCGCCCUCCGCACAGACAUUCAGAUCAUCUCUGGCUUCUAUUCUGGCACCUCCCCUAACCCUAUUGCGCAAUGCCACUAAAGUCGCGUCAUUCCGUGUUACACACAUUAAAGUCGCGUCUCCCCAACAAGCCUCCGCCCACCACGCAUAUCACCUCCUCACUUUCUCUAACCGCUAUCACUCUUCAACCUCGACUCGAUAGCUCUACUUUUGUUUUCUCGGCUUUGAUGGGGGUGUUCAUCACGUUGUAUGUGUUCUGAGUAAAUGAUGCUUCGCUCCGAUGAGAAGGCUAGGCGGCUUGCCAAGGAGCUGGGAUCUCGUGAGUUUUUUUCUUUGUUCAUGGAAGAAUGUGGUCACUGAUCUGUCUAGACGGUUUCGAAGAAAAUGGUGACGAAUAUGAGGCUUCGAAAUUUGGGGAUUAUCGAGGGUAUUUAUAUAUUUAUAUAUUUAUUUAUUUUUCUCUUUCUCGUCUGCAUUUUUUUAUGUAUUUUGCUUUAUAACGAUAGUUUUUUUUUCUUUUUCACAGAUACUCUAAGAAUAAACGAACGAAGCUUCAGAAUUCAGAUGCGCAUCUUCGCUCGAUAGUUGAGGACGCUCCGCCGAUCUUCCAGGGCCUUGUCAUGUCGGUCAACGGAUAUACGAACCCGUCCUUGAUAGACCUUCACCGGAUGAUUGUCCAGCACGGCGGCAUGUUUCUGCAGUACAUGGAUAAGAAGAGCAACAUCACGCACAUGAUUGCGUCGAACCUUACCCUGAAGAAGAAGGUGGAGUUCUCGCGAUAUAGGGUUGUUCGACCGGAGUGGAUUGUGGAUAGUAUCGCUGCUGGGGUGCUAUUGCCUUGGGGAGAUUACCGGCUGUUGGAUGAUGUCAAGAAUCAGACAAAAUUGGGAUAUCAGAGUCCUGGAAGUCCGGCAAUUACGAGAAGGAAUAGUUUAACGGAGCCUCGUUCUUACAAGCAGAGCUCGAUGCCGUCGUCCGAAAAACCAAAAUCCAGAUUCGAGAGAGAUGUCGUUAUUCCUCCGUCCGACGAGCAAGAGUGGGAGGAUGAUCUUUUCCCGUCAUACCAGCGCCCGCCCUCAAGUGGAAAGGAGGUAUCUGAUGCAAAAACUAAGCGCAGGAUGUAUGACUAUGGGAUAGAUUCACCGCCUUCGCAUCAACCUAGCCCACCUGAAGAGGAUGAAGAGGAAUAUUCGGUGUCUCCUGUGGGAUUGGUUAAUGUUCCUUCUGUUCCUUCUUCGGGUCUUAAAAGCUUUGUUGGUGCACCCGAUGACCACAAAUCUCCUAAAUCAAAGCCAAACCCACCACCCGCACCUGCUGUAAUUGUUAAGGGCAAACUGGCAUAUGAGCCUGAGGGCAUCAUUGGUAGGAAGCGGCAUCACAAGGGUGCCAAGCCUAAGAACCGGCGUGGGCAGAUAAAAUAUCUGAUAAAAUGGCGGGGAUACUCAAAUGAAGAGUCCACCUGGGAAUUUGAAAAGGACUUGGAAGAAGAUUUGGGGAAGAAGGAAUUGGAUGAAAUGGUGAACGACUUCAGGGUUCUGGGGGCAAAGAAAAUACCGGAACUUUUGAAGCCAGAGUCUGUAAGUUUCACCUCUAACUCUACGGAUAAUUCGGUUUCGUCUCAAAAGGGGGACUCCGAAAGCCAGCAUCCUCGCCUUCGUCCCCAGGUCGGGGUUAGCGUUGAGAUACCGGAACAAUUUCACUCAACACUAAAGUCGCCAAGAGGAAGCUCGAAGCUGGAUCACGGUGGCGGCGGUGAUGAUGAUGGCACGCAAAAGGAUCCGUCUUUCAUCAAGGAAACAUUUAUAGCACCUCUCUCACAGGCCAGCUCUCUGCCAAUACAAAGCUCGCCGCCUCUGGGUGGGCAGCAAAUGAUCGAAGCAGACGUGUCUAGUUUUGAAGAUAAUGAUAUCCCAAUUGAACAGGAUCUCACCCUGGACCCUCUAGAAGAAGGCAGUCUGCGAGAAUUAGACAUUGUUGAGGACAGGUUACCCUCGCCGCUCGUGAAGAAAGAAGAACCAUCCCCAAUCGUGAGGCCGUCAAAGCGACAGCUAGGCCGUGAGGAGGGCGAAUCACCACUUCGGGGGAAAAUGCCCAACGGGAAAGAUAUGUCAGCUGAGGAAUUCAAUGCUGCACUACUAGCUGAUCCAAGUGUUAGAGCGUCAUCUGUCCUUGGCCCCGGUUUUCUGGAAAAGUAUUUUGACACCAGCCGGCUUCACCACCUCAGUACCUGUAAGCGCUUGUUCCCCGCUUGUUGUCAGAAAGUGUUGUUUAUAGAAUUGUAGGGAAAACGGAGCUCAAGGCGGAGAUGCAAGCCUUCGCCACCGCUAAAUCUUUGCAGCAUAAGUCGGUGGUUAAGGCUCGGCAAUGGCGGUAUGUUCUGCACGUCGACUUUGACUGUUUCUUCGCCGCUGUGUCCACGCGUGAUCGCCCCGACCUUAAAGACAUGCCUGUCGCUAUCACCCAUGCAAGUUCCGUGAAUAGUGCUAGCUCUGAUAUUGCAAGUUGUAACUACGCUGCUCGCGCUUUCGGACUAAAGAAUGGAAUGUGGAUGAAACAGGCGAAAGAGCUAUGCCCAAAACUGGUCUGUCUAAGCUACGAUUUUGAAAAGUACGAGGAGGCGAGCAAGGCCUUCUACGAAGUCAUCCUAUCGAUGAACGGAGAACGUGUUCAAGCUGUCAGUGUUGACGAGGUUCUACUCGAUGCUAGUAAUCUUGUCUGCGACAUUGGCCUACAAGGGACAAAAGAGGAGGAGACUAAAGCGCUUGAGAUUGCGCAAACAAUCCGGAACAGAUGCCGGGAAGAAACAGGCGGGUGCGAAGUAUCCGUUGGAAUAGGUAGAAACAUGCUCCUGGCGAAGCUGGCAAUGCGCAAAGCGAAGCCCGCGGGGAUGUAUAUUGUCAGGGAGGAGGAGAUCGAUCAGUUUCUGGACGAUAUACGGGUUCGGGAUUUACCCGGUUUUGGUCACAACAUUACCAAGAAGGUCGAGGAGCACUUCAGGGCUGAUACCGUCCGUAUGGUCAAGGGGAUUAGCAGGGAGAGGCUGAAAGCGGAGCUAGGUGAGAAGACGGGGGAGAAGCUGUGGAGGUAUUGCCGCGGGAUUGAUGAUACUCUUGUUGGCCAAGACGCCUCUGAGAGGAAAACUAUCUCUGUCGAUGUCAACUAUGGCAUUCGAUUUAUCACCCAGGAGCAGGCAGAUAAGUUCAUAUUGGACGUUGCGGGAUUGCUUCAGCGCAGGAUGGAGAAGGAAGGGGUGAAGGCGAAGAAGCUAUAUCUGCAGGUCAAGAAGCGGGCCGCUGGCGCACCAAUGAUGACUUCGAAGCACCUUGGACAUGGACAUUGCGAUACAGUCAACAAGAGUGUUUCUCUCGGAACUGCUACGUCGGAAAAGGAAAUCAUGGGGAAGGAAACGAUCACAAUGUUGAGAUCUUUUCGAAUAUCACCCGGGGAGCUUAGAGGCAUCGGACUCAGUGCGGCAAAUCUCGAAACAGCCAAGGCCCACAGCAGUCAAACAAAGCUUGAUUUCUCGAAAAGAGCUAUUGAGGAGCGGGAUGACAAUCAUGUUUUCCUACCUCCACCCCUUCCCUCUCCAUUGCCUCCUCCGGUGCAGAAACCCCGACUUGUGCCCUACGUCAAGCCCCGGCCCACCACCCUUCUUGACUCAUUUGCGAGGAUGGGCGCAAGAAAGGAGCAACCGCAGAAGCCGAGACCGCCACCACCAGCAGCAGCAGCACAAAGACCUCAACCAUCGCCUCCUCGCAGCCCGCCAAUGUCACAAUUUCUUAUACCGUCCCAAGUAGACCCCGAGGUGUUAGAAGAAAUAAGGCAGAGCAUGCGGGAGGAAGCUGCGCGCCAAAAGCGGGCCCAGGAGGAGGAGGCGGAGGCGCAAUUGCUUCGUCAGCGCGAAGGGCUAGAGGAAACAGAUAAGGGGGUGGAAGACCUAGAACUAGACCGUCUCCCAAACUCCCAAGUCGACGCCGAUGUAUGGAAGGAAAUGUCGAAGGAGGAUAAAGCCCUUUAUCUCGCCAUGCAAGAGGAAGACCGCCAACAGCAGCAGCAGCAGCAGCAGCAGCCACGGCAACCUCCUCCUCCUCCCCCUCCUCCAGUGCCAGCACAACUCCUCCGUUCUGCUCCCCCCCAAAGCCCGCGCAAAAAUCGGUACCUCCCCUGGUCCAAAAAAGGCCCGCCAACACCAACCAAACGCCGAAAAACAAUGUCCGCGCAGCAGCAAAGGAGCCUCUUCCCCGCCGCCAACCCACCUUCUGGCGCCACCGCCCCUGUGCCCGCCGCCGAGAAAAUCCUCGACGCAAACGGCAUCGAUGUCUCCGGCUGGCUCUUCACAACCGGUCAGGUCGACAGACCCCUCUUCGAAACACUCGACGCGGAAACUCAGCAAGAUGUGAUCUCCGAAGCCCGAAAGCACCAUACUGCGCACUUAGCCCUGCAAGAGAAGGCCAUGCGCGAAGCUGCCGCGCUACAGCAACGCCUCGCGAACGCGAUCAUUCUCACCCCGCUGGAUCGCCAGCGCUACCUUGGCCCCGAGCGCAUUCCCGUGGGGAACAUCGCUGAGAUCAGGAGCAUGAUGGAGGGGUGGUUCGCAGCUUCAAAAGGUGGACCGCCGAACAGGAGGGAUGUGGACCUCAUUAAGGGUUUCUUGAAAAGGCUCGUUGUCGUCGAGCUGAAUAUGGAUAAGGCUGGCACUGCUUGCAGGAUUUUCAGGAGAAUUGUUGAGGAGGGAUUCCAAAAGGGGGAGGAAGUGGGGGACGAGGAGAGAGAAGAGGAAGUGGAUGAAGGAUGGGGGGGCGUAGUCGCAGAGUUGAUCGAGGCCGUGCAGGAGGGAGUGAGUGAGAGGGGUUACGGGCCGUUGGUCAUU